CAUGUAUAUAAGAAAUUGAAUGCAGGAACUGCUAAAUUCACGGUAGUUUCAUACCAGAUAGAGACCUUUGUGCGUGCCUGUCCUAUCGGCCCAGCAACUUACACCACAUACCCUCUCUUUCAUUAUCACCAGUUAAUAGUCAUCAUCAUUUGAAAACUCUUCUCUACUUCUUGUUGCUGGUUGAAUGAUACUCUGAUAUCAUGCAUUACAAAUUUGGCUUUUCUUAAGCAGACAUUCUUGUAACUUCCUUCAAUCCACGUUUCCAUAGCAACUUGCAGUUUUAGGCUCUCACUUUCGUAGCCAAGGUGUAGCGGAAUAGAAAAGGAGUAACGUAAACCGUUUGAUUCGUUCUCUGGUAUUCUCCGUUUACCGCAAUCGGUGUUUGAUUUCGUCACACUAUCUUCGGUCUACAACGAGCUCAUUUUCACCCAACUCUCUUCUGUUUACUUAUUUUCCCCCUCCCACUGUGCUGCUCCUUCUCAAGUCAUACGAUUGCAGUCAAUUGACUAUUCAUUAGUGGACCUGCUACAGAUAUAUUUCCCAAUCAGCCUACUUUUCAUGUCUGAUUGACUUUUUAUUUGUGUAUUCUGCUUAAAAGUUAAAUUCAUUCUUGUCCACCUUAGAAUCCCUUUUCACUUUUUGUUCUGCUUCAUCCGGAUGGAAACAGUUUAAAGAUAGAGUUUAAAUACAUACUGUGAAAUACACUAUUAGAUAAUUAUAUUUCUACAAAUUCAAGUAUUUCCUUAUUUUGUGGACAUAAGCAAAAUGAAUUGAAUUGAUCAUCAUCAUUUACGUCAUUGAGAGGAAUUGUAAGACUUGGCCAUGUACAUUGUCCAUAGCUGAGCUGAGCAGACCUCUCUCCGUUGGUUCACCACAGACGACGACUUGCUUAGAGCCGUGUCCGGGUUCACUGCCUGAGCUGAGAAUACCGGUCAGCUGGCCAGCCACGCUGUAUUGAAAUCACUUCAAUCUCUACCUAGACGGCCGACUGACUAACGACCAGACCGCUGCAUGCCCACUAAGAUUUCCUGCCUGUCUGCUGGUGAGGUUGUCUCUCUCUACCUGCUGGCCAUUGCUUGUGUGCUUCAUAACACUGUUUUAUCCAGAAUGUUUGGGGCACUAAUUUGGAACGAAUGAUGUACUCUACUGAAUAGUGAACCUGUGAUUUCAUGUUUCAAAGACAGUUACAGUGGGACAGUUGUGCUUACAUGUCGCUGUUAAUGUGAUUCUGUAAAAAAAAAGAGUUUAAGACUACUUGAUGAUUUCAUCGCAGUAUGCAAAUAUCUUCAGGAUGAUGAUGGCAAAGGAUUGUUUUACAUAAAGUAACCACACAGCAUUGUUUGGACAUGCAUUUUUGUUUCGAUCGAAAAGACGCUUAGCUGCUCCUGAAGAAUCUCACAUUUUGUUCAUCUUCUUGCUUUUGGAUCAGGAUUGAAGUAGAGAAAUCAUCUCAUUUUUUAGGAAGCAAUAUUGUGCUCCUAUAUAAUCUCCAUUGGCAGAGAGUGUUGUAUAAAUCUACUUGAAUGGGUUGGUCUCUCGAAAUCCAGCAGCUGUCGAGUCCGCACAGCCAAGUAUCUAAUGCUAAUGGGAGCUCUCCCCAGCAUGCAAACUCACCUGAUAGUAAUAACUGCUCUGUGACUUCAAACGGCACCGACAGGUCAAGUUCGGGUCAAAGUUCAUUGGACAUGAACCUUCGUCAGCCCAAGUCCGAGUUCCCUUCUCAGUAUUACAGUCAAGCAUACCCACACAUCUUGCCUACUCCAACGGCUCAGGGCGCCAACUUUCAACCAGUAGGAUCACAAACACAAGGCACAUUUGGUUCUCAGAGUGCCUCCAGUUACCCCUACUCUACUCAGACAUCACCCUCGCCCUAUGGGCUAGUAGGACAAGCUAUGUCCUAUGGAGCAAAGUCUUUAAAGUCGGACCCGGCUACAUUACAAGGUCAAGGGUCGUAUCUUAGUACAUAUGGUUCAUCAAGCUUCACUGGUAGUCCGCAAGCAACACAGAGCCCUUAUUAUGGCAUGCAAGGUACGUUUACAACGGCAGGCUACACAUACCCAUCAACCAGCAAUACAACAACAAAUUCACAGGGUUUCAACAGUACACAUCAGGGUGUAGAAUAUGGUUCUUAUACGGCCUACAGUCAAACCGGUUUCAACCAGUACUAUGCUUCACAAAAUUACAGUCCCUACUCUAUGUCAAAUAGCUUGAGCGCUAGCACGCCGUUACCUAAUACAACAACAUACCAGUUAGCGCCGUUACCAAGUGACAAAGUCGACCCAACUCCGCCACAAUCUGACCCCUCCACCACUCCAUCUCUCUCUCAUGCAGUUGAGAAUACUUUCACCACCGAUGCCUCCAUCAAACUGGAUGAUGCCAAUGGUAUUGGAAGAGGGCGUCAAGGUCAAGGUCAAGGUCCCAAGAAUGGUAAUAGAACCAAGUCAGCAGGAAGAAGUAGAAGAAAUAAUCCAUCACCACCUCCAGAAGAUGGUUUAGAGAGAGUAUUUGUUUGGGAUUUGGAUGAAACCAUAAUCAUCUUCCACUCACUGUUAACGGGGUCAUAUGCAACCAGGUUUGGAAAGGAUGCUCCAGCAGCUGUAUCAUUAGGUCUACGCAUGGAGGAGAUGAUAUUCAACCUUGCAGACAUGCAUUUGUUUUUCAAUGACUUAGAGGAAUGUGAUCAGGUGCACAUAGACGAUGUAGCAUCCGAUGACAAUGGACAAGAUUUGAGUAAUUACAACUUCCAGACGGACGGGUUUCAUGCUGCUGCUACCAGUGCUAACCUAUGUCUUGCUACUGGUGUAAGAGGUGGCGUGGAUUGGAUGAGGAAGCUAGCGUACCGGUAUAGGAGGAUCAAGGAGAUAUACAGCUCAUACAAGAACAAUGUUGGAGGACUACUUGGACCUCAGAAGAGAGAACAAUGGCUUCAACUACGAGCUGAGAUUGAAGCUAUGACUGAUUCGUGGCUCACCAUCGCUCUCAAAUCACUCUCAAUCAUUCACUCCAGAUCUAACUGCAUCAACGUGUUGGUGACCACUACACAGCUUGUCCCUGCAGUUGCCAAGGUUCUGCUCUAUGGUCUAGGAGGUGUGUUUAACAUUGAGAAUGUAUACAGCGCAACAAGGGUUGGGAAGGAGAGCUGCUUUGAGCGAAUCGUAGCCAGGUUUGGCCGUAAGGUCACGUAUGUUGCCAUCGGUGAUGCAAAGGAUGAGGAAACAGCUGCCAAACAGCUGGACUUUCCAUUUUGGCGGGUAACAAGUCAUUCAGACCUAGCAGCAUUACAUCAUGCACUUGAUCUUGGAUACCUCUGAGAACCAUCCCUAUUGAUGCUAUCCACCCCUCCCCUACCCCCUUUACACUUGAUUUUAACCCCUCCCCCCCCCCCCCCC